AUGGGUCUAGACUAUAACAUGCAGCUUCUCAUGUCUGGCGCUCUGAACUGCGUCCAGGUCAUGGGAGUUCUGAGCAGUCUUUGGACACUGGACCGAUUCGGAAGAAGGAACAUCCUCCUGCUUGGUAGCGUCUGUCUCAUUACGCCUCCCUUGAUUAAGGGAACUGGAGUGCGAUACUUGCGACAGUAUCUUGCUGCUUGCAAUCUCACUCUUCCGGCAUCCUACGAGGCCUUGAUCAUUUGA